AUGUCAACACUCACACCCCGCCCCCGCCUCCCCCGCACCCUCCUCUUCUUUACCCGCCACGCGCCCAAUCGCGCAUUCAGCCGCACCCCGCGUCGCCCCUCCUCGCCUUUUACAACGGGGCCUGCGCCUCCCCGCCUGCCAAAGGAGGAGCAGGAGAUUUUCGAGAGACUGCAGAAGGGCAGUCGGGGGGCUUUUAGCACACCGAGGGAGGAGGUGGGCGAGGGCGAGGGCAAGGGCGAGGGCGUCGCUCAGGCAGAUGGAAGUCCAUUCUCAUCCUCGCCUACAGAUUCGUCGGCACCGUCCACGCCACCCUCGCGCUUCAAAAUCAACCAGUCCCCCGACAGUGACAGCGCCAGCGCCAGCGCCAGCACUGUCCCACCCGUCCGCUUUGAAACCGGCAAGGCGAUUAGACAGGGCGAGGAGGUCCAUCCUAAUAUGCGCCGCGGUGCGCCGCCGGAGUUUGAGGGCGAUGUUAAUCCCAAGACGGGUGAGGUUGGGGGGCCAAAGAAUGAGCCGUUGAGGUGGGGGGCUAGGGCGGAUUGGAGUUAUAAUGGACGGGUUACGGAUUUUUGA